AAGCUUGUUGAGCUGUCAAAUGCAACUUGGACCUUCCCGAGUUUUCACGCUUGGGCAAGUCUGUCCAUUUUCGAAAGCAAAGAAGCGCAAAGCAAGCAAUCACCAUUGGCAAAGGCGACAGAGCAACCGACAGUACAGUUGCAUGGCUUGACUUGAUUGAACGUCAACGACAACAGAGACGUGGGAGAGGCCAUCUUUGGAAUUGCUGCAGUGGCACGUUUGAGGUGAUCCAGAGCAUACAUCGCAUCCGUUGUCAUACCACAAAGCAAGCAAGCAAGCAAUACAACACUCCUCCUCCACAUCACAAUCAAUAAUAAGAUCGACAAUGACACGGUUGAGUCUGUCACCAGAACCCGAGGAAUGGGAACAAGGGCGCUAUCGAUUUGUGGAGGAAGACAGCAGCAGUGAGGAAGAUGAUGAUGCCUACACGGUGACAUCGGAAGACGAUUGCCGCUACAGCGAUUCCGACGAGGACGAUGCCAUUCUAUUACAGGCAGAAGAGGAGGAAUAUCCACAUCCAGUGGGAUUUCCUGCCACGGCGCAUCCUUCUUGGGGACGCACACGCUAUUGUUUGGACCCGUCUGCAGAAUCGGCCGAAGUAAUUGCCGAAGAAUGGGGAGAAAACAAUCACAAAAACAAAAGCUACUACUAUCAGCAUCAAUAUCAUCAUCAAUCCUAUCCUCCCUUAAAGACCUCUUAUAUUGACCCCAAGACAGCACCCACGUGGUCUUUGCUGCGCUACGAUGCCCAGCAAACCCGAAAACAAUACAUUCGACAAGAAACGGAUCGAGAAAUGGACCAAAUCACACAGUUAUUGGCAGCCGCCAGUAUGGUCGACACGGCCAAAGUACAAGCCAUGACGGUGGUCCCCGCAAAAGACCCGACAACUCCACUCCAGAUUCUAGCGGCCACGGCACACAAAAUACAAGCCAAAAUGAAAGAAGAAAAGCGGCGCAUGCAAAAAGAACAACUCGAAGCCGCGACUGCUUUGAAACAAUUGCUACACCAAAAUCAAUCCAAUGCGUCCAAAAUGAUUCGACACGCGGAACAACAAGCCAGAGCCGAAGAAGAAGCGGAAACGGCCCGUAUCCAAAAGGUCAAGGAAGCCGAAGAAGCGGAAACUGCAAGACUUCGAGUCAAACAAGAACAAGAAACUGCUGAAAAGGAACGUGUCCAAAAAGAAGAAGCCGACGAGGCGGAGCGUACAGCCGAACGGAUACGCGUCAAACAACAAAAAGAGGCUGCCAAAACAGAACACAUUGACAAGGCCAAGAAACUCGUAGCGCAAUUGACACAACUACGGGCGUCCAUUGAACCAUUUGAAAAGAGCAAGGCCGUCGGAAAACGACGGCUCAAUAUGAAAAAGGUCGUGCGUGGUAAAGUCAAUACAUUGGCCGAGAAUGCCGAAAAGAUCAAAUCGGUCGCAGCCGAUGUCGGUGUGGCCAUUGCCGCCGCACGCGCCGAAGAUGAAGAAUGCAAGAAACAAAUUCAAGCGGGCAAUACACAGAUCCCUCCGGAAAUGACACGGGGAAAACGAUAUUUGGUCGAUCUACUAGCCAGUAGUAUCAUGGUCCGAGUACAAGCCGAGGGAUUUAAUGGUGUACGAGGAGAUGGCUUCCCGAUGGCCAACAUGUUGGCUUUGGUAUCGCUCGAAAACAAAGAAUUGAUUCCCAUUUUGGCGGCGCACAUUUACACCGUUUGCCCAAUGGCCAUUCCAAAGCUACCGAGCCCUGCGGCGGAUUCCAGUGAAGAUGCACUCAUGGAGAGUCUAGGAAUGCAAAAAGACAAGAAGGGAGAAUACGAAACGUUUGCCCGUUUCCUAACACGGCAAGAAGGAAUCAUUGCGUUUGUGGCAAAUAUAUUUGCUUCCAAUCCACCCACUCAUGGGCUCAUGGGAGGCCACAAGGGAGCCGUCGACUGGUUGAGUCGAUUCCUUCGCAUGCUCCCUCCGGCACCACAAUCUCCCUUGCCGCUCACGACCGCUUCCGUAUUGGACGCGUUCCUCACAAAUGCGGGUCAUAUGCUCGCCACGGCGCAUCCAGAGCAUUUCAAAAAACAAUUGGAUGUCAUUACCAAUGACAUUUGCACCCGUCUCGAUGAGAGCUCGGAUGGGGCACCGAGUGCCAUUCGUCUCAAGAAAACGGUCAAGGAUGGAUUUGACGGAUUCAAAAACAAUCUGCCGGCGAAAGCGUUGGGAGAAUUGUACUACAGCGGUGGAAAUAGUGGUGCGAAUGUCGUGUCAGCAGCAACAACAAGCUCGGGGGGUUUUGGCUCCAGCGCAGCGGCAUCGCAAUCUGCUUCCAAUCCCUUUGGUGGUGGUGGUGCUGGCGGCAACUCGUCAAAGGCUCCAGCAGCUUCCAAUCCCUUUGGUGGCGGUGAUACUCCAGCAGCUUCCAAUCCUUUCGGCGGCGGGUCAAGCAAUGCGCCAAGUAGUAACGCCGCGCCAUUUGGAGGUGGGUCCGGCAAUGCUCCUGGUGGCAAUCCUUCUUCCUUUGGUGGAGGACCCGGCAAUGCUCCAAGUGGCAAUCCCGCGCCUUUCGGUGGUGGAGCCAGCACCAACCCUUCUCCCUUUGGUGGAGGAGCUGGCAAUGCUCCGAGUAGCAACCCCUCGCCAUUCGGUGGUGAUGGUGGGGGAAUGAGUACUUCUACUCCAUUCGGUGGACAGCCAAGUGGCAAUCCUUCGCCAUUUGGAGGCGGGGCGACUUCUGCUAUGGGCGACGCGGGUGGUAUGUCAAUGCAAGAUGAGCCGAAUUCAAAUGCCUUUGGGAACCCGUCACCUUUUGGAGCUCCCGCUCCUUCUCCAUUCGCAAAUCCGUCACCCUUUGGAGCACCAGCUCCUGCUCCUUCAGGUGGGAUGUUCGGCAGUACUCCGGCUCCCUCUGGCGGGGGUAUGUUUGGGUCGUCCAAUCCAUCCCCAUUUGGGGCGCCUGCGCCGUCUGGUGCGUUCGGGGCUCCAGCUCCUGCCUUUGGUGCUUCGGCGCCUGCUCCUGCUUUCGGUUCAUCUGGUGGUGGCUUUGGUGGUCAACAGACACAAGGGUUUGGGUCAAGUCCGUUUGGUGCACCUGCAGAUGCAGCAGCAGCGCCAUUCGGUGGUCAGUCCAGCGGACAACCAAGCAACAACUCGUCUCCGUUUGGUGCAUUUGGCGGUUCGCAGAAUCCGUUUGGUGGGGGCGGUGGCGGCAAUUCCAACCCGUCUCCUUUCUCCGGAAACAACAACCAAUCCGGUUAUGGCGGCAGGGGUGGUGGUGGCGGCGGCAGGGGCUUUGGAGGUAACUCUGGUGGUCGUGGUGGCAGGGGUGGUGGCAGAGGUGCCCCUCCGCCGUGCAAGUUUUUUGCGCAAGGUAAUUGCAGGUUUGGGGACAACUGUCGGUUUUCUCAUCAAACGUAAAGGUAGCUUGUUGGCAACAGUGCUCGAUUGCUGCCAGCGUCUGAUGACGUGUGGAGUGUGAUGUAAUUGGAAGAAAACUAAGAAUAUGAAUACAAGUCUAUUACUAGUAGUAGAAGUAUGGGAACUGCACACGUACUGCCUUGAAGGGAGACCAGCAACGAAAUGGUAUUUAGCUGGAAACGCUGCGUUGGUCACAACAUUAAUAACAAGAACUGUCAACCAUCUUUAGAACAUCGAUUCAAUCCGGUAGCACACUGUGUCCUGUAGAUUUCCUCUUGGUUACCACCACGAGCUCUUGGGUGCUGGUGCUGGUGCUGGUGCCCCUGUCGAAGAUAGUGGAAGUGAUAGGGUGCUGACGCCGGUGGCAGUGACACUGGGUUCAGAGUACGGCAAAUAGUUCAUGCUAUCGCCGGGCUUUUUGGUUUCAUUGAUAACUUCUUCUCCUGCCUUUCGGAAGAUUCUGACCCCCAAAGCAAUGCAAAAACAAAUGGACCACAUCAAAUACCAAAAGUUAGUCACAAAGAGCAAAACACUAAACUGAUUGUAGAAGCCUCCAACUUCUUCCAUCUCUCUUCCGUCCGUGUAGAUGGAUCCGUUUGCCACGAGCCACAUGGUCAUAAAGGCAAAGUUGGCCCAUACAAAGAUCAAGACAAAGAGGGACCACAAGGCCAUGCGAGAUUGUGCCAGUGGACCCCUGAACUUGAACAAGACCAUGCCUCCAUACGCCAGCAAUCCCAAGAACAUGAGCAACUCCCACGUGUAGACAAACUUGAUUGCUCCAGAAUUGGCGCUACUGCCAUCUUGGCUGUCCCCGCUGACGUAGGCGUUGCCGUUCCAUCCAGAAAACCACGAAGGGACUGUAUAGUAGUUGCCGUUGUUUUCGCCGUUAUUGUUGUUGUUGUUGUUGUUGUUGUCACGGUAUUCCCCAUUUUCAUUGACCCAUUGGGAGGUGCAUCCAAACUUCCACCAUUUGCAGUUGUUAAUAUCCGUCCACUGACGAUCACCACUGCCAUUUUGGUCCUGGUCGUCGUACUGGUUGUUGUAUUGGUAGUAGUACGAAUUCUGGUAUCGUUUCACCGAUUUGGCAUGGUUGAUUCCUGGAAUCAGAAUGGCAAGGAGACCAGAGAUAAUAUAGGCCGCCACAAACUUGGCAGGUUCAUGAUCCCAAAAACGAUAAUUAGUCAUGGUCUUUUGAAUUGGUACUACGGUACUGUUGCUUGUGUUGGGAAGAUAGUUCCUUGGUGGUUCUGCACCAACAACUUGCGGCAACGGCUGAAAAAUGAGGGCUGAAUCCGUUGAAAGAUCUCGUCCGAGGCAGCCCUGACACCGUUCUAAGAUUCUUAGAUUUGGCGAUGCAAUAGAGCGUGGCACAUAGAGCUCUUGGCUGUCUCUCAACGCAUCAAUGCCGACGUUAACCAUCGUGAAAUUAGUUUGCAGAGCGGAUUGAUGAUUGGAUGCUGCAUGGUGGUUUGAGUUUCUGCCCAACUGUGAUGUACGGGUAGCUUGUCACCUGAAGAUGCAGUUCUCGCAACCCAAGCCUAUCUAGCUAGCUAGCUAGCUAGAUAGGAGCUAUCGUGACACUGACUGGCAAGUGUUCAGGCAAGUCUUUUCACACAGUUUGUAUCUCUAAGUGAUUUAUUAAGGCAGCAAGCACACUGCCUAUAACACUCUACUUUUAUUAAAAUGCUCGAGACACCUCCACAAGCCCUCCCAUUGUCGUCAUCAUUUGUGGGGCCAUGGUAUACAAAACUGCUGCUACAGGAAGGUAAAUACCCACUGCAUCCAAGGUGCUUGCACUUGAUGGCUUGGAUGGAAAAGUGGAGAGUUGUCGGUCUUCUGAUUCCUCUUUUGCUGUUGUUUUGAAUAGAGGUGAGUAUAGUUCGAGCUGCCUGGCUGUGGUGACUAUAAUGGCAACCCAAACCAAUCGAUGAAUGACGAGAUCAUAGCUACUGGCAAUGCCAUGCUCAUCACCAAUAGGUAGCCCAAAGCGCUCCAAGAAUGGAAAGACAACCAAGGGACAAAACACAAUGGCAAACAG